AUGUAAGUCACGACGGUAGCAGCGGGAUGAGUUCAGAAGUCUCCGAAAGCACUCGAAGAUCGGUGGCCACUUCCGCCGAGAGCAUCCCAGCGAGAAAUGCCCAGCCAAACUCGGCGACGGUGACGUUGGAGAGGCGGCUUUACCUGUUUUGGGGCGUGUUGGUGCUGAAAGGAAAGCGUCGCCUCAAAGUUCUGCUCGUCCGAUCCGCUGAUUUGACGAGCUUGAUGAAGGUUCUCGGGCAACUGGCCGCCCGCAUUCCACCACGUUAACCCCGGUCGGGCGUGCGGUCCCGCACGAGAGGCGAGUCCCGAAAUCCAUCGAGAUCACAUCGCAAACGCAAUCCCGGCAAAUUCAACGUCUGCGAGUCACAGGGUGUGGGAGGAAAGCGGGGUGCCCACCCGGAGAAAAGCCACGCAGGCACGGGGAGAACAUGCUAACUUCACACAGAGAAGACGGACGGGCCGUCACGCGGAUCCUUGGCGGCGAGCGGCUGUUCUUUUUCAAAACAGUUCUCAGGCGAGAAGAUCAAAUGUCAAUUUAUGAGGUGAGAGCUCAACGGCCGAACGGUCGACAUCUCGCGAAAGCGGAUCUCGCUUAUUUUGCUGAGCGGGUAUUCACAAAAGAAUCCUCAGUAAACGUCCAGAUGGUCCCGAAAAAUGCGUUUUCGUGUAAGUCUGCGGUGGACGAAUUUAUCAAUUUUGGCCUUCUUCACCUGGACCUUAAAACUCUGGACUGGCUUGCUACAACUCAGCUGAAGGUAAAAUAUAUAUACAUGAAUAAUAAUAAUAAUAAUAUUACAGUGCAGUGCAGAAAUCUCCCACGUGAGCAGUUUUACUUUAUUUUACUUUUAUUUUGGUUGUCGUGUUCAGCAGCUGACUUUUUGUGACGUGACAGUCAAGAAUGUCAACAUGUUACUUCAAUCACUUUAUCAAUUAUGGCAAAAAAAAAAAGCCUUACGAUGAAAAAUACCCCUAAAAGUCUUCCGCUGUUAAAUUCUGUGCCCCGCACCGAAUUCAGAGUUCUAGAGCACGUUGUUUUAUGUCAUGAGCCCGGCGUUACCGUAUGUGUAUAUUUGUUUGUUUUUUUUUUUUUUUUUUAUUGUCUGUGGUGAUUUAAACAAACAAACAAAAAAAAAACUCCUCCUAUGAUGGGAGUGUGAUAGUUACACACGCACACGCACACAAUCGCCACUCGUUGUACUUUUGGAACACAUUUUCAUAUUUCAACACGUGUCGACGUAAAGCUCGGCGAAGGAAAAACAAAAAUCGCAGCUUAGUGUCCAAAAAUUGCUGCCGUCAGGCUGUCAUCAGCUGAUCUACCGGGAGACUCAAAAUAAUGAGAAUAAUAAUCAGGUCGCGAGUCAAAUUCUCACAGGAAGUCAGUAUUUACAUCGCAGGGAGAAACUUCAACGCUGCACCCAGGACCGCGUGGGAGGUCCGACAUGGGCAAAAAACAAUCCGCCGGGUCUUCCCUUGCUUGACUUGCAAAUUGAGCUUUUACUUUUUUUUUUUUUUUUUUUUUUAACCUCAUCUAUGUGACCCUGCUGUCCAUUUGAAAAAUCAAAUGUCCCACUUGAGCACAAAUCUUUAAACACUGUUGGUGAAUAUGUCGCUAGAAGACUGCUGAGGAUGGAGCUGCCGUCAUGGAAAAAGAUGACGCGCUGUGGCGACCCCUAAUGGGACAAGCCGAAAGGAAAAGAAGGUCCAGUGCAGUAAAACAGUACUCACAGGCGUAUAUUCUUUAUCCUCUGUGAACAUCGACGAAUAUUGGUGCGGCUGCGAGGAGCUCGGACCGAGGACUUGAGACUUAUCUCCGUGUACACUGCAUCCAGAUGGGUAACCCACAGCGCCCCCGAGUGGCCAAGAUGCGCACAUCAGAAGGAGCGGCACGAUAGCUCCUGAAAUUGAUGCAAAAUGUGACAAAAACUGUUGACUUCUUUUUAAUUCUAUCAAAAUGUUCUUUGUUUUUAGACACUAUAAUAAUAUAUAUAUCAAAAAGCAGAAGACUUUUAUUUGGCUUUUUUAGGGCAGGGGCAGGAACGGAAGAAAGAUGAUUUGAGAUACGAGCGUUAUGAAUUUGGAACGUGGUUCUGGAACACGUUAAACUCGUAUGGCAAGACGGCGCUGCAUUGUAAUCUAGUGGCCGGAUUUCAGUGGCCGGGUUCAGUUACGAUCAGGGAUGAAAUUUUGCGGUUGGGGGAAAAUAGGGUCAGGGUUUUGUCAAGGUUUGGUUCCGGUCCACUCCUCCUCCUCGUCAAAAGUGGCAAGUUCCCACUUUCUUGGAUUUCAGCGUCAACUCCGGAAGGUGCGUCCGUAUUCAGCUUCUGAGGUUUUAUUGUUGUACAACAACGCAGACAACCGCUCCUCCUCUUGGAAAUGUUUCCGCCGCGGAGAGGAAUUAUUCAUCAAAGUGACACAUCGGAGCACACCCGCAUUUAGCAGCACAUUUUGAAAAUGCGACGCUUGAUCGCCGGGAAGGAAAAAGUACUAAUAAACAUGACCCGACCCCCGAGUUGGCCUAUUUGGAUUUUAGAGGAAGCUGGCCAAAGGAGAGCUGACGCCUCAAUAAUUUAAAAGAAAACCAAAAAAAAUAAAAAAGAUCUUGGAAACAGAUGUGGAGUGAUAACUGAGUCCAAAAGAGAAAAAAAAUGAAAAAGAAAAAGAAGCAAUUUGAGGGAGGACAACAAGGAAGUUGCAGUUGUGUAAGUAAAGUGCAUGAAAUUGAUUUUUUUACGAUGGUGGCCCCCGGCUUAAGCCGCGAGCCUUGAAGGCUUGAGCCAGACUGCACACAUUGCAUGGGGGUGCUGCCCCCUGCCUUCGGGGAGGCACAAUUUAGGCUUUACGGCCCGAGCACAUGUUUCCAUUCGACAAUCAAAGCGGCUUUUUCACGGGCCUUAAGUGUCAAUUGGGUUUUGCGUCCCCCCCCCCCAGGGAAGACAGAAGAAAUGCGUUCCGCCACUGCCAGUGAUUUAGACACUUUAGAAAUGCAGUUUAUUUUGGGCCGCUGGUGCUUAAAAACAAUUGAGCUUUUUUUCAUUUCUUCUAAAAAGAGCUUGUUGGAGGCGAUUAAUAACAAGUACAAACAAGCCCUGUUUAUUGCAAGGGGAUGACUUUCAGAGCCGCCCGCCAAAAUCUGCGGUACAGCAAGAUUUAUAUAUGCGGUCUCCCGACCCCUCCCAAAUAUUGAAACGUAUUAAACCCGCUUUAUUUCAUAAAACGUGUUUUUCAAGGUAUUCCUGUACGCACCCUUUUGCUGACAAUUGUAAAACAUCCAAAACAACAGAUCGUAAAACUGAGAAGACGGCGUUCGGAAUGCUCAGCCGAUCAAUCAGAUCGAUUGAUCGAGUCAAUACGAGCAAGCCGGGCCGGAAUCUGACCCCCAAAUCAAGUUUUGCUCAAACAUGUGAUGUAGGCGGGGUGAAGAGCCCGAGCCACCUUCAAAGGACUUCAUCUGAAGUGAUAAAAGUGAGCAGAGAGGCAUGGAGUUUUGAUUGGUCGCACAGAUUAGCGUUGGGCGCAUUGUCAGUUGUCUCGAGGUCAACACGAUCCAUCAGCAAUGCUACGUUUGUCUUGCGCGGAAGUCCGAAAUGACUGCAAAAUGUUUCAAAACGGACGCAAGGACAACAUUUUCUCUCCCCGCCCCCUCAAGAGAAGUGUCAGCUUUCACUGCUCCUCUCAGGUGUACUUUGAACAGUCCCGUAUUUGGCCGAAGGCGACCUUGCGCAGGAAGGGUGGGGCACUGAGACGCGUGUGUCCCGGCAGGGCAGGAAAAAACAUGCUCAGGCAAAGCAUGUGAGCAAACGGAAUCCUGGAAACCUCAGGAGAGAUCGCCGGAGCUGGCGCGCGAGGACCAAGCCGCUCUGAGGGAUCGCCAUGGAGACCCCCAGCGAUACCUCCAAAAUCCUGGAGAAGGGUCCGGAGUACCUUCGAAAGCAAAUGGAACUGGAGAGCGAGGUGAAGGGGCCCAUGAGCGCCGUGGAGAGGCUGGCCGCCAGCAAACCAAAAUACGUGAAAAGCCAGCAAGCGGGCGACUCCGCUCAGCGGUCCCCGAGCGGCCCGGCUUCCAACUCCAGCGCCUCCAACGUCUCCUCCGACCGGACCUCGACACGGGUCCGGGUGUCCCGCCGCAGCGCCUCCCCGGUGCAGGUACGUCGCGCCAGCUCCAAAAAGCGACCCGACUCCGUCCUGCUUUACAGGCAGAAAUGCGAACUGCUCAGAGCGCCCGGGAGCGACCGCAAGCAUCAUAUAACGCGUAAACUGCUCCGAAGCUCGGCCAAAAAAACAACGGCCUUACCGGAGGCGGCAGACAAGGAAUGCGAGCCCCGCAGCGGUGAGGAAGACCUCGUCACGCCUGAGGAAUCUGCCAAGGAAUAUUGCCCGAGUGCGAGGACGCCAACGCUCGAGAGAGGGCCGAAUGGAGCCGCGAAACUCCUCGAAAGUGGUCCAAAAGAGCUGUCGGCAAACCUGCUGAAAGUUCCCACCGGGAGGGGCAAAGGGGUGGCUCGAUCCCGCUCGGACGUCAGUUCCAGGUACUCCAAGAACUUUGCCGACUUCGACGCCUUCUUCAGGUACUGCGGCCUGGACGGGGAGGUCAUCGAGUCUCUGGGGAAGGAAAACUUCUCGGCGCGCUCGGACGAGACGGCCAUCAAGCUGCGCAGCGUCAGCGUGACCGCGUCGGACGGCGGCUUCUCCCGCGACAGCGACGACAGCGACGGCCUGCAGGAGGACGUCCUGCGCAAAAAGAUCCGCCAGGGUACGUCGGUCAUCGAGCGCAACGCCAGGAUCAUCAAAUGGUUGUACAGCUGCAAGAAUGCCAAGGAGAGCGGGAAGAAGUUGAGGGACCUGGACUGAAAAGCCCUUGGGGCUCAUUCAGGGCUACACCUUGGACUGUCGCCAGGGCCCGGAUUGAAAGCAGUACUUUCUUCAUCGAUUCAUCCAUUCGACAUGGAAUUUACUUGAUUUGUAUUACUUUUUGAGUCCGACUAGCCAAUGACAAACAAAAAUGAACGUACACUUUACUCGGAAGUUGUUUUCAAAUUCCCGAUGAUCCCGUCGCCUCGUGUUGCCCAGCAUGAACCGGGACGUAGCCCGUCACUAGCCAACUGAACAAAAACUUCACCCUUUCUGGAGACCCCCUCAGUCGGCCAUUUUAGGGGUCUCGUACAGGAGUUGCUCACAAAACCCACCCUGGGAAGUGAGGGAGAAAAAGAAAAAAAAUGGAUACUGAUACUACGUUCACCGUUCGCUCCACAGUUGGGCGGGCGCGUCUAUUUUGAUAGGACGCGCGAAAAGGUCUGCGGGACCCAUGCCUGGAACCGAACAGGAAGGCAGCCAUUUUGGAUUGAAGUCGCCAUUGUCUGCGAAUACCUGGGCUCGUUGAAACUUUGAGCAACUCUCAACAGGAAAUUCCAACCAUGAGAGAAUAGACAAAUGGGCACCACGACAUUCUCAAGAUUUCACGGCAAGAAGUCGACAUACGGUUCUGCGGCCCGUCUGCGUACUACCGAGUGUCGUUCCAGUUCUGUAUGUUUGUACAGGCGCGUGUAACCAUGUGGCGACGUUCUCGCCGGCCUCCAUUGAAGAAAUCUGAUUGCCAAGGGACAUCUCUGCUCAAACCUGCGGCGAUCGAGCCCGCUGGCCGGCAGCACAACGAGGCUGCUAAUUUGUCCCCAUCCGGUGUAACAUGAUCAUAUUAGCCCGAAUGUUUGGAUGCGUUAUCUAUUGCCCCCCCCCCCCACCCCGUCCUGUCUCCCAUCCAAACUUGUCCUCACACAAAAGUUGUCAUCGGGCUUGUGGGGAAACCGAACUCGCCUCCCACUUUCUCUCCACUACACGCAUGCAGAUUGAUAACAUUUAUGUAUUUCUGUGCACACUGGAUGCAUUUUACAAGUCUGACUAACAUCCCUGACAAGUCAUGUCCUGCCUGUGAGCAAGAGUUCAAAAGUACCAGCCCCGAGGUAUUUUUUUGUUUUUUUUUACUGCCACUUCCUUGUUACGUCACGUUUUUUUUUUUUUUGUAUAAGAGGGAAAUAAAAGGCUAGUAUUAUAGUUCAUUUAUGUCAUUAAAUUGUAGCUUGAAAAUCAUUUAGUAGUGCUUCAUGAUGACUCAUUCUUUGGCUCCAAAAACAAUUUCAAAUAUUUUGUCACUCACAU